CUGCUGAUUGUUGAGCCAGUUUCAAGUCGCUGUCUGAUCUGCUCAAAAACGUAGAAUUUAUUUCUUAUUUGACUCUAAAUGUUCUACAAACAGUUUAUAUCGACGUAGAUCUGUUUAAUGUGAGCUGGAGUCGAGGGAAUCUCUUCCAUUUGAAUAUAAUUUAGCUCAAAUAUGAGUUACCCUGCUGUUAGCUGAAGCAACUUACAUAAUACCCGGUAAAUAAAACUUUAGCCGAACUGUUCCGGGUUCAGCCUCUGCCUUCAGUGGGACGAUGAUGAUCUCUCAGCUCUUCAUCUUGUCCUCGAAAGGUGACCACCUCAUCUACAAAGACUACCGUGGAGAGGCAGGAAGUGAUGUCAUCAAUAUUUUCUAUGAGAAGGUCACAGCACUGACAGGAGACCAGCCUCCAGUUGUCAUGUGCCACAAAGAUCUGCAUUUUGUCCACAUCAGGCAGGGAGGACUCUACUGGGUUGCCACGACGACAGCAGACUCUUCUCCAUUCACCAUCACUGAGUUCCUAAAUAGGUUGAGUGCCCUGGUCAAAGAUUACUGCGGCAGCCUCUCAGAAAAGGCGGUCCAGAUGAAUUUUGCUCUGAUCUACGAGCUGCUCGACGAGGUGCUGGACUACGGAUACAUCCAGACAACGUCCUCAGACAUCCUGAAGAACUUCAUCCAGACAGAAGCUGUUUUCUCCAGACCAUUUAGCCUGUUUGACCUCAGCAACGUGGGGCUGUUUGGAGCAGAAACUCAGCAGAGUAAAGUUGCUCCAAGUUCUGCAGCUACCAGACCCAUCCAGUCCAGCAGAGACCAGGGAGGGAAGAGCGAGAUAUUUGUGGACGUGAUUGAGAGGAUGUCGGUCGUCAUCGGCUCCAACGGAGUUCUGAUGAAGGUUGACAUUGAAGGAGAGAUCCGAGUCAAGUGCUACAUGCCGAGCUGCUCAGAAAUCAGGAUCGGUCUGAAUGAGGAGUUCAGCGUCGGGAAGUCACAGCUCCGAGGAUACGGAGCUGCGGUCCGGGUCGACGAGUGCAGCUUCCAUCAGACAGUCCAGCUGGAUGAGUUUGACAGCCACCGAAUCCUGCGACUCUAUCCAAGCCAGGGCGAGCAAACAGUGAUGCAGUACCAGCUGAGUGACGACCUGCCUUCAGCGCCUCCGUUCCGCCUCUUUCCCACCAUCGAGAGGGACUCUGCGGGAAGGCUGCUAAUGUAUCUGAAGCUGCGCUGUGAUCUGCCACCAAAGAGCACCGCCAUCAACGUGAGCGUCUCCAUCCCGGUUCCUAAAGGCUCGGUGAGUCUGUCGCAAGAGCUCAGCAGUCCGGAUCAGAGAGCCGAUCUGAAGCUGCAGAGCAGAGCCGUGGUCUGGCAGAUCCCUCGAUGCUCUGGAGGAACUCAGCUCUCCGCUCUGUUCAAGCUGGAGGUCCCAGGUCUCAGCUCGGCCUCCAUGUUGGAGGUCGGUCCGGUCGGUCUGAGCUUCGAGCUGCCCAAGUUAACCGCCACGGGACUGCAGAUCCGCUUCCUACGGUUGUCUCCCAUCCAUCCCAGUACGUCACAGCGCUGGGUCCGGUAUGUCACUCACUCCGACUCCUACAUCAUCCGGAUCUAAACGAGCAUCAAGAAGAACCAGUGGGAAUACGUUGGAUUUGGGCUGACCACUAAGUUAAUCCCAUUUUUUCCCUUAAACUGCUGUUUCUUGGUCAGUAAGCUGUAAAUAAAGUCAUGUUGAACCAU